ACCCUACAGACGGGGCUCUGUCCUCCCCGGCUACCGCCGGACCGGAAGUAGUUACGACUCUAGUGGAUCCGUGUGGGGACGCGCAGGCGGUCGCGGAGGUUCCAGCUUUUCAGAGUGAGCGCCGCAGGUGUUCGGGCCGGGUCGAAGCUGCAGGCAGGAUCUCACUAUGCAGCUCAAGCUGGCCUUGAACUCACUUUGUAGCACAGGUUGGCUUCAAACUCACAUGGAUCCUCCUGCCUCAGCCUCCUGAGUGCUGGGAUUGUGGACAUGCACCUCCAUGCCUGUAACUGAGUCGGUUUCUAUGGAGAACCACUGCGGCUUCAGGAGCAAGAGGAAGGCCCGUCUCCCUCCCUUCUGGAAGAGCAGAACCACCUUCCCACCCGCUUACUGAUGCUUGACUUGACAAGUAAAGUGUUAACUGAGAAGUAAAGAUUUCUUUCAAUUGGUUGUGGGAUUAGUGACAUGUUUUCCUAAGCAGUAAAAAGUUGAACAUGUCUAGACAGAACCUGAUGGCUUUGACAGUGACCACCCUGCUGGGUGUGGCUGUGGGGGGGCUGGUCCUGUGGAGAGGCAUCCAGCGCCGGAGGAAGCACCCUGUGACCCAGGAGCAGCCACCGCCACAGCAGGUGCCAGGCGGGACGGUGCAGUCCCCUCCAGAAGAGGAUCAGCUGCCCUCUGGUGUCCCCAGACCCUCGUGGGAGGAAAGGAUUCUCCAGGCACAGGUGGUGACAGUGUCUCAGGAGGCGGAAUGGGAUCAAAUCCAGCCCUUGCUCUGGAGUGAGUUAGAAGAUUUUCCAGUACUGGGAAUGGACUGUGAGUGGGUGAAUUUGGAAGGCAAAGCCAGUCCUCUGUCACUCCUGCAAAUGGCCUCGCCAAGUGGCUUCUGCGUCUUGGUUCGCUUGCCCAGGCUGAUCUAUGGAGGCAAGAUGCUACCAAGAACACUCCUGGAUAUUUUGGCAGAUGCUACCAUUUUGAAAGUUGGAGUGGGAUGUUCAGAAGAUGCCAGGAAGCUUCUGCAGGAUUAUGGCCUCAUCGUUAGGGGGUGCCUUGACCUUCGAUACUUGGCUGUGCGGCAGAGAAACUUGCUCUGCAGUGGGCUCAGCCUGAAAUCACUCUCCGAGACUGUCUUGAACUUUCCUCUUGACAAGUCCCUUCUGCUGCGUUGUAGCAACUGGGAUGCUGAGAAUCUCACAGAGGACCAGGUGACUUAUGCUGCCAGGGAUGCCCAGAUUUCAGUGGCUCUCUUCCUUCAUCUUCUCGGAUGCCCUUUCUCUAGGAAUUCUCCUAUGGAAGCAAGCAUUGACCACGUUGGCUGGAGAAAGGUCUUGGAGAAAUGCUGGGAUGUGAUAGACAUCCCAUUCCGAAGCAAAGGAAUUAGCAGCUUGGGAGAAGAAGUGAGCGGAAAAACAACAGAAUCUCAGCAGAAGCCAAGAAGUAAGAAGUCGAAGAGCAGUGGCAUGGUGCCGGGCGCCCACCAAGGGAGAGACCCCAGGAAAAAUAAAAGGAAGCCCCUAGGGGUGGGCUAUUCUACCAGAAAGUCACCUCUUUAUGAUAACUGCUUUCUCCAUGCUCCUGAUGGACAGCCUCUCUGCACCUGUGAUCGAAAGAAGGCUCAGUGGUAUCUGGACAAAGGCAUUGGAGAGCUGGUGAGUGAAGACCCUUUUGUGGUCAAGCUACAGUUUGAACCUGCAGGGAGACCUGAGUCCCCAGGAGACUAUUACCUGAUGGUUAAGGAGAACGUGUGUGUAGUGUGUGGCAAGACAGACUCCUACAUUCGGAAGAAUGUGAUUCCGCAUGAGUACCGGAAGCACUUCCCCAUUGAAAUGAAGGACCACAACUCCCAUGAUGUGCUGCUUCUCUGCACUUCGUGCCAUGCCAUCUCCAACUACUAUGACAACUAUCUGAAGCAGCAGCUGGCCAAGGAAUUCCAGGCCCCCCUUGGCUCUGAGGAAGGCUUGCGGCUGCUGGAGGAUCCUGAGCGCCGGCAGGUGCGCUCUGGGGCCAGGGCCCUGCUUAACGCCGAGAGCCUGCCUGCCUAUCGGAAGGAGGAGCUGCUGCAAGCACUCAGAGAAUUUUACAGCACAGAUGCCAUCACAGAUGAGAUGCUUCAAGAGGCUGCCAGCCUGGAGACUAGGAUUUUCAACGGAAGCUAUGUUCCACACGGACUGAAGGUGGUGCAGUGUCACGCCCGCGGUGGGCUGCGCUCCCUCAUGCAGCUGGAGAGCCGCUGGCGUCAGCACUUCCUGGACUCCAUGCAGCCCAGGCACCUGCCCCAGCAGUGGUCGGUGGACCACAACCAUCAGAAGCUGCUGCGCAAAUACAGGGAGGAUCUUCCUGUGCAGCUGUCGUGAUUGCAGCUUUCCACCCAGGCAGGAUGGGUGGGAAGCUACAGCCGAAAGUUGAAAAGUCACCUCUUCUGUUUUAAUACAUCAUUGUCACAGCCUGGGUGACCCAGUGCAGUCCUAACCUUUUCUAGUCCCAGGUGCUUUCAAGGGAGCAAAGCUCUCGUUUUAAGUUAGGGGAGCUUAUGGUUUUGCAUUUUCAUUGGUCACAAUAUUUUUUUCUUCCUCUAUUAUUUUUGUGGGCAAGGGAGGCCUGGCCUUUCUUUUCACUCUUUGUCUUGCCCUUUGAAGAGGGAGAAUGAAGGCUUCCCCCGACGUGGCUUGUCAAGACUGAGGAUACGAGUGAAACAGAUUCUUCCCUGUCUGCUCUGGUGUUUCCCUAAGAGCAGAUGUCUACUGCGGCAAGCUUGUCAGGUUAGGAGGGAGAAAAUGUUCUUACAGAGGUAGAAAAAGUGGCUAAGGAGUCACAUCUAUUUCCCCAGUUCAGCCUCAAAAGUCUGACUUUCCUUGCUCUGCUGUAAUUCAUCUGGCGGGGACCCAGCCACCUGGGUUGCUUUGGUUUUUUCCACAUAGCUGAAAGUGCUCCCCUUUACACAUCUGGGACCAAAGCAGCAAUUUCCUGCCUGUGCUUCCGCCUGCCAUGAGAACCCGCUCCUGAAGUAAGCCUUCAGCCUGGUGGGGUAAAGUCAAGAACGCGCCCCUCUCUGGGAGAGCUUCCGCGGUUGACUGAGCUUUCCUCAUUUGUUUGUUGCCUGCUGCUUGCUACAUUCCUGCCCAGAGCUCUGAGGGUUUCAGCUUGAUCUCUUUCUGAAGGGAUGGUUAUCUUUUCUUAGAACCCAUGUCACCUCCCUUCAGUGUUCCAGGUGCCAUCAGAUUUCCAAUACUGACCUCUUUUCACACUUAAUUCACUCCCAGAGCCAUUUGGUCAGAUCGUGGUGUGAUGAGUUCACCUCCUCCGACGCCUGGGGCCUUGUGAUUAACUUGUACUUUAGAUAUUCAAAGGGUGAAUGUUUCAUCUUUCAAAAUGUUAGGCUACCACUUUGAGUAUGACAUUGGUUUAUUAGUGAUUAGUAUUUUUUCUAAACUAUUGGUAAAACUUUCCUAUUUUACAAGAUCUUAAUAUUGCUUGCAAAGAAUUUUAUGACCAGAGUCCAACAAGAGCUCUAUUUUGAAAUUGUGCCCAAGCUGGUGAUAAUUGAUAUGACAUUGAUAAAUAAAACUACUUUUAAGCACAA